AAGCCGUCCUCUCCUCUCUCUCUUCAUUCUCGCGAGAGUCAUGGCUUCUUCUUCUCUAGCUCCAAUAGUCGCGCAUUCUAGCCCUAGAGUGGAUACCGGCUCGCCGAGGAGGAAUCGUUCGGCGCUGGCAUUCCACUGCCACCGGAUCUCGUGGCGCCCUAGCGCCAUUCGAUGGCGCAUCGCAUCAUCCUCGCGAGCUGCUGUGUCGAGCGAGGAGAAAAUUUCGGUCGUCGCUCAACCCAGAGCAGAGGGAGGGCUAGAGCAAACGUAUGUGAUGGUGAAACCUGAUGGAGUCCAACGCGGACUGGUUGGAGAAAUCAUCUCUCGCUUUGAGAAGAAAGGAUUUCGUCUCGCGGGAUUGAAAAUGUUCCAGUGCCCCGAGGAUCUUGCAAAGAAGCAUUAUGAGGAGCUCCAAGAGAAGCCAUUCUUUCCCAAGCUUGUGAAGUACAUAACCUCUGGCCCUGUUGUUUGCAUGGCAUGGGAAGGUCCUGGAGUCGUGGCUUCCGCACGAAAACUUAUUGGAUCGACGAACCCGCUGCAAGCUGAGCCAGGAACGAUCCGUGGGGAUCUUGCUGUUGCUGUUGGAAGGAAUGUCAUCCAUGGCAGUGACAGUGUCGCGAAUGGAGAGCGGGAAAUUGGUCUUUGGUUUGGAGAGGCCGAGUUGUGUAAAUGGCAGCCCGAGUUGACGCCCUGGCUACUCGAAUAGAAAGAAUCUCGGCCAUUUCUUACGGGAGGCACAUUGAGUUCUUAAAAUGCCUCCGUCACACGGAAUAAAACAUUGUAGAUUAAACCGUUACUAAUCCUGAUUUCUCGGUACAGGAUGUUGGAUUCGUAGUUAAGAAUAGAUACUCUUUUGCGU